UGCAACCAGAAGGAAUUUGCUGUGAUGAAUACACGCAAAAGUCUACCCGAAAAAAUGUCUAAGGCAGCAUCUCUAACUUUCGGUCUAUUCGCUUAGAAGGCAAGAAUCAACGUCCUUCUGGCGAUGAUACAGGCUGCGCUAGACCAAAAAAGCCGUACGGGAUAAUCCCGCGAAGCGAGAGGGGGGUCCGCAGGCGGUUAUUAGUCGCUACGAGACCCACCUCUCAUUGAGAAAGUUGCCUAAAUCUACGAAGUGUUCAUCUUCAUGCAAUUUUCAACUCGAACUUUCCGAACUUGUCUUGCGUCUCAUUUCUCUUUGGCUCGAGGCAAGCCACAAGCCGCAAUAACCAAACCUUGUCUUACAAUGUCUCACGAUACUGCUAGCAUCGAGUACUUUUCAAUUCCAAAUUUCAAGUUUGCAGGCGGAAUUACGAAGGAUAUCAAAGUCGCCUACCGUUUAUUUAAUCCCACUUCUAUUAAGGGAACAGUUCUUAUACCUACCUGCUUCGCGGGACGUAUUAAUGAAACUCUCAAUUUCACGUCUGGGGCUUUAAGAGUUUACAAUGUCAUCGUUGUUGCUAUGCUUGGGAACGGGGAGAGUUCCAGUCCUUCUAAUGAUGAUGAAUUUCCCACGGACUACUCUCUGCGGUACCAGGACUGUAUUAAUUCCCAAUACAUCCUCCUCACCCGACACCUUCGCAUCAAAAGCCUCGAAGCAGUAGUAGGCUUCUCAAUGGGCGCCCAACAAGCCUAUUACUGGGCUGUAAUGCACGGCGCCGGUCCUUCCCCUUUCCUCAAACACGCCGUCGUCAUCUGCGGCAGCGCGAAAACCUCAGGUCAUAACUACGCCUUCCUCGAAGGCCCAGUCUCUGCUCUGAUAGCUAGCUCCGACUACGAUCAAGGCCGCUACAAACAAAACGGCGUUAACCCCGUCAAAGGGCUGCGAGCAUUCGACAGAGCUUAUGCAGCGUGGGUGCCGAGUGCCGAGUGGUUUAGACAAGAGCUUUGGAGGAAAUUUGGCGCGGAGAGUUUGCAAGAAUGGUUACAUCCGCCGAUAGGGAAAGGAUCUUCCGAGAAUUGGGAUCCUGAGGACUUAAUAGUCAUGGCGAGGAUGUGGCAAGCGGGCGAUGUGGGGGUUAUCGCUGGGAAUGGGAACUAUAAGGAGGCGUUGGAGGGAGUUACUGCGAAGGUGCUAGUUAUGCCGAGUAAGACGGAUCAGUAUUUUCCGUGGGAGGAUGGGGAGAACGAGAGUACAUUUUUGAAGAAUGGGAUUUUUGAUCCGAUUCCGACGAUCUGGGGACAUAUGGCUGGAGGUGGAAAGAACCCAGUUGAUUCGAAGUGGAUAGAUGAGAGGAUAUCGACGUUCUUGGAUGGAAAAUGAGGUGGUGAAACACAUUCAUGUAAGCUCGGUCUGUAGCAAAUCACAGGUUCCUGCGGUCAUAGCCCCUUUGAUAUGUGCCAUACGUAUAAUUCCUACUUUGUCAUAGCCAGCAGAAAGAUCUACGAAGUCGAUCAAAUCAUGAGAUUGAAGAAAGGAGGUAUUCAACCAAGACAAGUGCGGAGGAGCAGGAGUUUAGAGAGUAAAGAAAAGUACUCUCCUCAAAGGCUUCCAUGUUGAUCCAACUUACACCGUAGGCAAAACACUAAGUAUUCUUUUUUGGAAGUGUCCAUUCUGGACUCUUUGCGAACUCGUUUGGGGGUUUUCAGUAUCGCAGGUUCCGCAGGCGAGUGGACUGAGCCGAGG